AUGGAGCAUGCCCCCUUGAGCCAGAGUGACACAUGGUAUCCAGAGACAGGACAUCUACUGACUCCCAGAUUGUUGCUGGAGAAUUGUACCAAAGUGAGAGAGUUCAUUCUCCUGGGGCUAACUGAUGACCCAGGCCUGCAGGUUCCCCUUUUCAUCAUGUUCACCCUCAUUUACCUCACUGAUGUGGUUGGAAACAUGGGAAUGAUAAUGUUGGUUCUUAUGGACUCUCAUUUGCACACCCCUAUGUACCUUUUCCUUUGUAACCUGUCCCUUGUAGACUUGGGUUACUCCUCAGCUGUCACUCCCAUGGUCAUGUCUGAGUUCUUUAUAGUCACCAAGAUGGUCUCCUAUAAUGCCUGUGCUGCACAGAUGUUCUUCUUUGUAGGUUGUGCCACUGGAGAAAAUUACCUCUUAGCAUCAAUGGCCUAUGACCGCUAUGUAGCAGUGUGCAAACCCCUGCAUUAUUCCACAAGGAUGACAACAAGUGUUUGUAUUUGUUUGAGCAUUGGCUCUUAUAUCUGUGGUUUCUUGAAUGCUAUUUUUCAUGUUGGAGACAUAUUCAGCCUCUCUUUUUGUAAGUCUAAUGUGGUCCAUCACUUUUUCUGUGAUGUUCCAGCAGUCCUUGCUCUAUCUUGCUCUGAUAUACACCUCAGUGAAGUGAUUCUUGUUUUUUUGUCAACCUUCAAUGUCUUCUUUGCUCUUCUGAUCAUCUUAGUUUCCUAUCUCUUUAUAUUUACUACCAUCUUAAAGAUGAAAUCUGACCAGGGACACCAAAAAGCUUUGUCCACCUGUGCCGCCCACCUCACUGUAGUCUCCAUAUUUUAUAGCACUGUCAUUUUCAUGUACUUACAACCAAGUUCCAAUCAUUUCAUGGAUGCAGAUAAAAUAGCAUCUAUGUUCUACACUAUGGUUAUUCCCACACUAAACCCUUUGGUCUAUAGCCUAAGGAACAAGGAAGUCAACAAUGCAUUCAAGAAAGUGGUUGAAAAGGCAAAAUUUUUAUGUAAGAGUGAGAUUUCAGGUUGA